CUCCUUAGGGGCGAGGCGGUGGCUUCACCCGACGCACCGGCCAGCGCUACCUCUCUCCUCUGCCGCCCGUCGGCCUCAGUGCCCCGCGCGGCCGGGUCGGUGCGGUGGCCCCUCGGUCUCCAGGUGCUGGGACUAGAGAAGCGCCCCGAAGCCGUCCACUUCACUCGCUCCGCGCCAGGUGACACGCAUCCACCCUCGGCCUUUGGGGGCUUUCUGGGCCAAGGGCCCUGGCGGCCCCGUCGAGCCUCCCCCGCCAGCCGGGCCUGGGGAAGGUCCGGGGAGGGACGCCCUGGUGAGAGCGUAACCCACGCACCGGCGGAGAGCACCUGGGGGAGUAAAGGACGGCGCCGAGGCUUACACUGCGUUUUCAGAAACCCGAAUUUGGGAUGUUUCCUCAGUUCUAAGACUAGCUGGAGAAAACAAGGAUAUUAAAAUCUCCGUUAUGUCGAAGCUGAAGGAAAUUCAAAAUGAUUUAGGCCUUUUCAAAGGUUAGAAGUAAUCCCUGCAAAAUGUACUUUCGGUGCCCUUCAAAUGUUAGCAGUCACCGUUAGUUGGUUUCAAUUAAUUGUUCAACUUAAAGUUUUCUUUUUAAGAGGCAUUUAUUGGACAUGAAUUUUCAAGACAAACUGAUUUUCGUGUUUGGAAGCCUACAUAACUUUGACAUCCAAGAGCUCAAUAUUUACUGAUGAAACAGAUUUUGAAGAUGUCAGAAAGGCAUUCAGAUCACGCUCAAACUGGGGCAGGAAAUGAGGUGGACUCUCCCACUGUCAAUUUCAAGUACUCCAGCUUCAGAGAUUUAUGUUCUACAUCUUCUUUUCAAGACAGUGGCUACAGUGAUUUGUUAAAAUCCUGCAGCUUUGAUAAUACAGAUAAAGAAUUUUUUGGAAAGGAAGAAAAAGGUCCAGCAUUAAACUAUGAACAUCCUGAAACUUCAAGUCUGGGCUUAACACAUCCUUUAGAAUCCCCCAGUCAAAAAAAGAGAUUUGUCUUCCCUAGGAAGGAAAAGGAUAAAACCCUGGAACUUUGUGAAACUCCUAAAGUUGGUGGAAAAAAAUUUUUACUGCGCAGAAGGCUGGACAUAUCUUUUUCUCUUCUAAAGGGAGACUUUGAACCACAAAAUAGUUCUCUAGAAAGUAGUGUAAGCCAAGCUCUCAACUUAGAAAAAAAUAUUCCAAGCAGUGCUUCAGGUUUUCCAAGGCAAAAUAAUUUUAGUGCUUUAGUUACUAGCAUUUUGACAACAGAAGAAGCAACUUCCAGCAGUCAAAAAUUGAGACUGAAUUUUUCUCAACAGAAGACUUCUACAGUUGAUGACUCCAAAGAUGACUGUAACCUGUUUGAAGUUGAAUGUAUAUCUCCGAUUCAGGGCAAUAAUUUUAAAGACUCUGUCACCCAUGACUUUAGCAAUAGCAGUCUAUGUGUUAACGAUGAGAAUCCAUAUCCGGAACUUCUGGGCUCUGAUAGUGCAACAACGUGUGAAACAGAUGAGGACAUAUUUGUGACUCCAAUAAGUAACCUUGUAGCAAACAUUAAAUUUAAGGCAAGUCAAAGGCUUUCUCCUUCAACUGAAGUGAGAGGCAAUAUUUCAACACCCAAAGAUAGUGGGUUUGACUCACUUUGCUUGGAUAAAUCAGAAGAUUCCCUCUCUGACCAGGAGGGUUCUUUUCAAGAAUUACUUCAGAGGCAUAAGGGAACGCUCAAAGUGGGGUCAAAGCGUCUUGGAAGGUUGAGAAGAUUGUCCACCCUUCCAGAGCAAGGCUCACAGUCUGAGACAGAAGAGGAAAAGCAGAUCACCCACUCUGAUUCUGAAAUAACACCAGCAGCUGCUUCAGACAUCUCAGAGAGUCAGCCGAGCAGUGACAGUCAGAGUGGGGAUUCGAUUUUGAGCUUUAAGAAUUUGUCAAAGACCCCAGCCUUGCAAUUAGUGCAUGAGCUCUUUAUGAAAAGUAAAAGGAAAAGAUUCCAGCAGAACAGUACACACGCAUUCUUGGAAGAUGAGGAUAGGGGGAAAAUAGCUCUGCUGCAGUAUGUACUUGCAGGACUAAUUGGCAAGAAAAUGGGCGUAGAAAAACUGGAUAUCUUAACAGAAUUAAAAUAUAGAAAUUUAAAGCAUAUUCUCGCAAUGGUUUUAGAUUUCUUGACUGCAGAAAGCCUAUGCAGUGUUUGGAAAGUGAGCAGAAAUUGGCGUGAAAUUAUUGUUCAAGAUAAAAAAGCAAAUCGGAGGAGGAAAUUUUAUAUCACACAACUGAAAACAGAUUCUGAGGAAUAUUCUUUGGCAACAGAUAAUUUCCUUGUGGACUACUUUAAUGAAUUCCUAAGCCUUCCAACCUUUUCAGAGGCAAUUAGAUUUAAUGUGGAUUAUGGAGUUUUUGAAGUAGUUAACAAUGCUCCACAACUUCUGGAAAAGCAACUGAAAAAAAUUCUACAAAACCAGCAACCUCGAAAUCCCAUCUAUGAUGUUGUAAGGAAAAGAAAGAAUGAUGUUAAACCUGUUGGAAAGAAUGCCCCCUAUGAAGAUGAGACCAUUAAUGUCAACUACAAUAUUAUGUGUCUCAGUCGUGAGCAAGGUAUUCAGUGGAUCAAAAAAGAAAGACUUCCAGCAUUUCUGGAAAGUGAUUGCUAUUUUGAAUAUAGGUUAGCCAAAUUGAUGUCACAAGUGAGAUGGAGUGGAUCAGGCAUGAAUGUCACACUAAGUACAGAUUUUUCUCCCUGGGCCCUGAGAAAACCACCCUCUCCACCACCUCCUGCCAUUGAUGAUGACAAUGUUAUAAUUAUGAAAAAGUUCUACAUUUCUCUUGGCGAGGCCUCAUAUACUCAAGCAAAAGAUUGGUUUGCAUUAGCAAAACAAAGUCAGCAAACAGUAUCAACCUUUUCAUUACCAUCUUGUGUACUCCACAGCAAAACUGAAUCACCAGUUAUUUCAUCUGUUUCUGAGAGUUUUAUCUUUGAUGAUGGAGUUCAUCCCAGGACAAGAAAGGACCCAUCUAAAACCACUAGAUUACUUUCUGAAUUUGAAGAAGAUGAGUCUGUAUCUCUACAAGACACUCCUUCUCAAGCUCUUCUGAGAAUAUACCUUGAAAAGCAACAGGAUGUUGAUGAAAACCUGACAUUGCAUUUCUCAUCAUGUGAAGAAUUUUUAAGAUCUUAUAUAACCUUUAUUUUGAGAGCAGCAAUUCAUGAAAUUCUUGGAGAGCCAUUUAGAGAAUGCCUAGGUUAUAUCAAUUUCAAAAAUGUAACAGAAGUGGUAUUUGAUGACUGUUUUCAGUUUAUUCCUGGCAAGAAUGUUUUGUUAAGUGAAACAGUUCAACUCACAAAGGAAAAGGCAGAAGAGAUGAUAGAAGAAGCAACUUCAAAGAAUGAGAGCAUUGGAUCAGAAAGCAGAGCUGAUUGGUGUACUUCUCAUAAAACUUAUGACAUUGGCAAUAGAAAGGAGUUCGAAAGAUUUAAGAAAUUUAUAAAAGGUACAUUAGGGGAGAAAUAUUGGUGGCUAUGGAUGGAUAUUGAGAGGUUAAAAGUUCUUAAGGACGCUGGAAGAUAUCAAAGACAUCUUGAGAAGAUGAAAAAAUGCUAUCUAGUGAGCAGUGGAGAUUGCUAUCUUUCUGCAGAAAUCUUAACAAAAUUUAAACUGCUAGAUGGAUCUCAGUGGAAUAAAGAACACUUAAAAAAUAUUCAGACUGAGGUUGUAAAACCCUUACUUCUAUAUUGGGCACCAAGAUUCUGUGUUACUCAUUCAUGCUCAACAAAACAUGCUAGUGCUAAACUGAAAUUGUGGCACUUCCGUCAAGAGAAACCAAGGAAGGAUGUUGACCCUUUUCCACAAAUGGCAACCCUCUUGCCAUUAAGACCUAAAUCUUGCAUUCCACAGAUAUUUGAUACGCAGAAAGAAGAAUCCAGUUUAGUACAACCUCCUAAAUCUCCCAAGAAACCACCUAGAGUAAAAACAGCAAUUCAAAAACAUUGGAAGAGUGAAGCUUUGUAUCCAAUUUCUUCUAAGGAUGAUGUGAUUGAGAAAGGGUCAAGGUACAUGUCAGACAGCAGCAAAGUUAUUCGUUUAACAUCUUUUACUGACAUUUCUGAAUGUCUGAAGCCACAGCUGGAUAGAAGAUAUACUUAUACAGAAGAACCUUUGGUUAAAACCAUGGCGGAUGGUGCCUUGGGCGGAUUUGACAUGGAAAAUUUGUUGCAAUCUUUGUAUGUAGAAAAUAGAGCUGGGUUCUUCUUUACUAAAUUCUGUGAGCAUUCAGGGAACAAGUUGUGGAGGAACAGUGUGUACUUUUGGUUUGACCUACAGGCUUAUCAUCAGCUUUUCUACCAAGAAACACUUCACCCUUUUAAAGUAUGCAAGCAAGCCCACAACAGAUAUGAACAGUUGUCUAUAGACAGAAUGGCCUCACAGUCCUGCAAGACUUGUAAUGAAGUUACCAGUACAUCUAAAGAAACAAUGUUCCAGUCAAGAAGAGGCACUAGUCUGCUGUGGCACUCCAGAGAGUAUCUUUUUGCUACGUAUGUUGCUCCUUCAGCCACCCUUGACAUUGGACUCCAACAGGAAAAGAAAAAAGAAAUUUAUAUGAAAAUACAGCCACCUUUUGAAGACCUUUUUGACACAGCAGAAGAAUAUAUUCUUCUCCUCCUACUUGAGCCCUGGACAAAGAUGGUAAAGUCAGAUCAAGUUGCUUACAGACAGGUGGAGCUGGUAGAAGAAACUCGACAGCUAGACUCCACAUACUUCAGAAAGCUUCAGGCUUUACAUAAAGAGACAUCUUCCAAGAAACCUGAGGAAAGUACUUGUGAAAUUGGAACUGGUAGUUCACCACUUCCUGAUGUCUCUAAACAAACAGAAUACUGGAAUAAUGUUCCUGCAGAAUAUAAGCAUUUUAAUUUUAAUGAUCUGCUGAACAACAAACUGGAGUUUGAACAUUUCCGUCAGUUUCUUGAGGCUCAUUCUUCAAGCAUGGACCUUAUGUGCUGGACAGACAUUGAACAGCUCCGAAGAAUAACUCACGGAGAUCGAAAGCAAAGGGAGGCAAAAUCGAUAUAUAUUAAAAACAAAUACCUAAAUAAAAAAUAUUUCUUUGGACCCAACAGUCCAGCUUCUCUGAGUCAGCAGGGCCAGAUAAUGGAUUUAAGUGGUGGCUGGGGGAAGUAUCUCCAUGAGCAGCUUGAUGCAGCCGUGCUAAUUGAAAUUCAGAAGCAUGUCCUAAAUAAGCUAGAAAAUGUGUGGUUGCCAUUGUUUCUUGCAAGUGAACAGUUUGCAGGACGUCAAAAGAUAAAGGUACAGAUGAGAGACAUAGCUGAAGAGCUCUUACUACAGAAACAUGAAAGGAAAAUUGGGGUCUGGAAGCCUGUGGAGAGUAAGUGGAUAUCUUCAUCUUGUGAAAUCAUUGCUUUCCGUAAAGCAUUAUUGAAUCCAGUUACUGCAAGACAAUUUCAACGGUUUGUGGCUCUAAAAGGAGAUUUAUUGGAAAAUGGGGUGCUCUUUUGGCAAGAAGUACAAAAAUAUAAGGACUUGUGUCAUUCUCAUUGUGACGAGUCCAUUAUCCACAAGAAGAUCAGGACUAUUAUCAACUGCUUUAUUAAUUCCAGUAUUCCACCAGCUUUACAAAUUGACAUUCCAUUAGAGCAAGCCCAGAAGAUUAUUGAACACAGGAAGGAGUUAGGACCAUAUGUAUUUAGAGAGGCACAGAUGACAAUUUUUGGGGUUCUGUUUAAAUUUUGGCCUCAGUUUUGUGAGUUUAGGAAGAACUUAACUGAUGAAAAAAUUAUGAGUGCUUUAGAGAGAAGACAAGAAUAUAAUAAGCAGAAGAAAAAAUUGGCAGUCAUAGAAGAUGAAAAAUUUGCAAAGGAUGGAAUCAAACUGUGUGCUAGUACUUCGGGAACAGCUGCUUUAGUCAGUGGCUCAGUUUUAGGCCUUCAAUCAUAUGGCCGACAGCCAACCUGGUGCUAUUCGAAGUACAUAGAAGCAUUAGAACAGGAAAGGAUUCUUCUUAAAACUCAAGAAGAACUAGAAAAGAAGUUAUUUGCAGGCACAUCAUCUUUUAUAAAUGUUAGGCCUACUACUUCAGAAUGACAGCACUCGUGUGAGUCUAUAACCUGUUGCUGAUAGGUGAACGGAAUACUUUAAGCCAAAUUUAACUGACAUGGAAGCUGAAGUGAUUUUUUUUUUUUUUUUGGAUGAUCUGCAUUAGAGCAAGCUUACCAUUUAAAUAAAGUUCGGCUUGUUUUACUCCCACAGUUUAAAAAUUACAGCUAUUCUGUACACAUGACAUACAGACUAUAAAAUUUUUAAAAACUUAUUUAGAAUAAAACUACUAUCCAGGUUAGGAAAAUCAAAAUAGUUUUCUUAUCACAGACCUUAAGGAAAUAUAAUGUUAUGCUCCUCAAGAAAUCUUUCAACAAGAUUUUUGAGCAUUUACUGUAUUUGGUUAGCAGAUACAGUCAUCAGGUGCUUAGGAAACUAAUAUUCCCAGCAAUAAAUUGGCCCAACACAUAAAGGGAAGAGCCUUCCCUACCCCAUCCCUAUACCCAACUAUAAAGCAGUGGUUUUCAAACUUUAGUGUGCAUAAGACUCACUUGUGGCGUUUGCUAGCAAUGCAGACUCCUGGGCUCACUCUCUGAGAAUCUGAUUCAGUAGUUCUUGGGCAGGACCCAGACAUCUCCCUCUUUAAUAGACAUCCCAGGUAAUUCUGAUGCAGCUGGUCCACAGACCACUUUUUGUGAUAAACAGUUAGGAUAGCAAGAGAAGAGCCUUAAAAGGUAAAAUCCAUAAGUGGAGUUAAACUUGUAGCAGAGAGAACCCAGAUACAUAUAUAUAUAUCCUUCUCUUUCCUGGAGGGAAAGGAGAAUGUGUAAGAAGAAAUGGCCUAAAGGAUGAAAUUUCACCAUCUCUAGGCUUCAGGAUUCAGAAGCUCCAAGUACUAUGACCUGAUUACAGGAUUUGAAGCAUUGGACUUUCACUC